AUGUCUUUGUUUCCGUCUACGCUGCAAACAGGCAAUACGGAUGACAUGACUUCUAAUGAUAAAGAAAUACCUAAUUCCAAUGCUCAAGAUGCGAUGGAUAUCGUUCCAGCUGAUACAGUUGUUGGAGAACAACCUGAAUUAAAUACUAAAGAAAAUAACGGUCAGGUACCUACAGGAGAUGAAGGCCAGACGGUGCAUCCUAAGGUUGAAUCCAACAAAGUUGAAGAGCCUGGCGAAAAUCAGAUAAAUGAUUCAACUGAACUUGACGAACAACCAACAAAAGUUGAAGAGCCCGGCAAAAGUCAGAUAAAUCGUCCAAUUGAAUUUGAAGAACAAACAACCAAAAGUGAACCAGACAGAAACCGGGCACCUACGAUUGAACAAAACGGACAUUCAUCUGAAAGUGACGAACCAGAGGAUGAAGAAAAAAAUGGAUGUUCAUCUGAAUCCCAAUUCGACAUUGAAGAUGAAGUAUUGAUAAACGGCACUGUUCUUUUAGGUCCAGGAAAACAUCAUGAAUCUUCGCCUGUAAACCAAUCACCAGAAGUAAAAAGAAGAAAACAGUUGGAUAAAAUUUUACAUUCUGAUUUGGAAAACGAUAUUGAAGAUGAGCAGAUGACAGACAUCGAACAGGAAGAACUCCCUCCCGCACCGAUACUCGAAGGGUUAUGUAUUGAGUGUCGUGAUCAGGAAGCAUCAUUCUUUUGUGAACAAUGUAGCGAAGAUUUUUGCGAAGUGUGCUUUGCCAUGAUCCAUCGUACUGGAAAAAGACAGGAACAUAGUCACAAGCCCCUUAAUAAUCAGAAGAAUGAGUUGAAAAACAAUGUUGAUACGCAAAAAUCAUCAAAUGAUGAUAUGGAUUUAGAAGAACGUUCAAAAUAUAUACCUCUUCGUUUGAACAUGGAAGAACGGAAACUUCUGAGAUUAUUAGAAGCUGCGUUAAACGUUUCGGAAUAUACGGAUAAGGUUGACAUUAUAUCGUAUACGAGUAAAGCGCGUCGAAUUGUUCAACAAAUCAGGGAUUUAUGUAGCAUUCUAUCUGGCCUUCUUUUAGCGAGUGAUUACAAGAAAGGUCAAGAGCUUUUCGAACAUAAGAGAUAUGAAGAUAACGAAGAUUUUUUCCAAACGGUAUUUGAAAUAGGCAGGCGCCACAAAAUUAUGAAUCCCGAAAAAAUGAGAGAUGCUUACGGAAAAUUGAUGUAUAUGCUUAUGGAUUCUGUCAUCCCAGAAGUUAGGGAUAUGCUAUCAUUUAGCUUAAUUAAACCUAUCAAAACCGUCUACAACUUUCUUAAAGAACACAAUGGUCUUGACGUUCUUCAUGAUGAUCAUGUCGCUGAUGCCACAAAAGAGAUCGUUCCAGAAGGAAAAUCACGAGCACAGAUCAAUCAUGAAAUCAGGAGUAAAGAGCGAGCUAUUGAGCAUAUAAGUAGAAAAUAUAAUCAUUAUGGAUUAUCAUCUGAUAAAAUCAAACAAUGUUUGUACAGUAUUGGUGACAAUCAUGCAUAUUUGAGGACAAAUCGUGACUGCUGCGAUCGAAUGCUUCACCACCUAACGACUAAUUUUCAUCAAACAGAGGUCGAAAAGGGCUAUUCCUUGGCCAUUCAUUCUGGGCGUAAUGGAGCGCGUUUGUCACAUAGUCAUGAAACGCAAUAUUGCUACGCAAAACAAACGCUUUCACUUUGGCGUGAAAUUCAGCACGAGAUGUUUAAGCUUUGGUUUUUGGCUGAUCAAGAUUUGUUAUCAGAGCACAAUACAUAUAAAUUAAAGGAUACUGGUCAAGGGUUGAAUAGAAUCCAAAAUUGUCCGUCAGUUUCGAAAGUUAUGCACUCAAUUCUACAUAUUGCCCAAAAGAAAGCGAAAUAUUGGGUUGGAAGUUCAGUUAUUCACCUAGGAGAUAAAAAUGUUCCCAAUGCACUUAUGUUUAUUGAUAAGUACAAUCAAGUAUCACGCAUAUUGAAUCCAAUAUUAAUAUGUCUCGACCAAAUCGGGCCUUUGGUCAAAAGCAAUUCUGGAAUUCGUUGCUAUAUAGAAAAUUCAUUUGAAAAUGUUGAUGAGCUCAAGAAGGGUAUUCUCGCAGAUUUCUUUCGAUAUGCUUUUGAUGGUAGCGGAGCAGACAACUUCUUUGAUGCUGGAAGUUGCAUUGAUGGUCGAUUAACGAGUGCGUGGAAUUGGUGUUCAUUAAUUGAAAAGAAAUCAUAUUUUCCUGUGUUUUUAUUAACGGGAUUCGUUGGUUUCGAUGGCGAGGGAUUUUAG